AUGUAUAAAAGGAAAGCAAGACUCGUAGACUCUGUCAGAUGGAGGUCAACAGGUAGUUUUGUAUGGAUUCGCGAGUAUGCAAGGCUAACUAAAACAGCUUCAAAGAGCAGCCUGCGGGAAAUCUUGAGUGUUUUACAAGUGCCGAAGAUGCGGAGUAAAAGUGAUGAAAAUACACAAAAGGACGUAAUUAUCACAGUCAGAUACUUUGAUGGUUGGCCCUCCUGCUUAGUACCAACUUAUCCCCAGUUUCUUAAGUGUGUGAAUUUUGAUAAAACUCAAUUUCCAAUUAGUACCUUCGCGACGCUGAUGUCAGGUGUCAGAACUGUUAAGGAGCAUACAAGCAGUUUUUUUAUUUAGGCUCACCUUGAUUUUAUGACAGGUUUCGGUUGAUCUUGUUUUGAUGCCUUCCAGAACUUCUCGAAUUACUCUGUCACCCUUACAUAACAUCCAUUCGAAACAUUUAUUUGCUUCCACCUCAAUAACAUCGGUGGAGCGGUCUUCCAGACAAGGUUUACAGUCUGAUACCUUAUACGAAAUUAUUAACGAGAGAGAUAGUAUUUGGAAGGAAGAGAAACUACUCAAGUCUCAUGUGCUGUUUAAGAGAUCUCUGCCUAUGUACCUGAAGUUUUACCCUCAGUGGUAAUCAAGACUUGAGUCUUCCACAUUUUCUCGAAUUCUUGGGUACCAAUAAGUGCUGGCUUUGGCAAUCAGAGAGAAGUAGAAUGCAUUGUGGGGAAUUCUAGGAUGGAUGUAGCGGUGCCAGAUUUGAGAAAGCAAACAUUUUCCUUUGAUGAGUAGAAACGCUACCCAAAGUUGUACACCAAAAUGUUGGAGGUGGUCUAAAAGCCGUUCUUGUUCAUUUGUUCAUCCAAGCCUUAAGUGGCACUGUUCGGAGCCUUGUAAGCACCACCUUUCCACCCCGAAUAUGAGGGGCUAAAGAUAACACAACUCAAACUCUUAGCCACUCGCUUGUCGUUGAUACCUAUGACCAUUAUUGCAAAUUGUCGCCAUUUUGGCUCUCCGAAUGGAGAGUUUUACUGAUCCACACAACAACAAAUCCGUCCAAAUUCCCAACUCAAGAUGCAUAUACGCACCAAUUACUACUCAUGACUGCAACACGUCUUACCAAACGUCGAAGUUCUGUACUUGGGAUGGUGCAUGCAAGUUCACCUUUUCGGUAAUGGUGAACACUGGGCAUGAGUCAUGAGAAUGGGACGUUCGAAUUGCAUCUCCGCUUUUUGAGGACUAGCAAUGUGGAAAGGGGUAACGCUUCUGCUGUCUAGGUUUAUUGAGGAAUGUUUUUUAGGACGCAACAAUAGGCGAUAAGGAGUGUAUUUGAUUAAUGGAAGACUCAUUCAGUGCUUCUCACUCCCGUUGACGUACGUAACAGGGUGAGGAGGGCAUUCGAAAGUGGAGCCUAAAUUUUUUGAAAUCUUUAACUUUUAUUGUUCUUAGGUGGGUUCUAGCACUGUUUAUUCCAUUGUAUUCUUGUUGUUGUAUUCAAUGGAGGAAAUUUGUUCAAGCAAUCACCCAGUAACUAACUUAGGUUUCUCUCUUUGUCAGAACUUCCCUUUAAGGUAAAUAAUAUGAGUAUAUAUAUGACUGUUUUUGCUGGGGCUGAACCUCUAGUAUAAGCUAAGUUAAGUGAAGCCAAUUCAGGUAUCAGUCGAAAUUAUACAUUCUGAACCCAUGAAAGAUUGAAAUUGA